AUGGGCGAAGGAGAUAUCAGAAGGCCAAGCGCCGCCUACGGCGCAUUCCCCUCAUACUCGGCGAACGCCAUCAUUUUCCUUACACUGCACGCAAGACCUGCGCCACUGGCAAUGGCAGAACCUCUUCUACCCAAGAGCUACGGCACCAUGCCGCGGUACCCAGCCCACAACAACUCCGUGUUCCCGUCAUCAUUACGAGGGAAGCGCAUUCUGCUUUGCACAGAAUCCUUUGGCCCCGUCAACGGCGUCAGCCGGACGACAUUGAUGCUCGUCGAACACCUGCGAUUCCACGGCGCACUCGUCGCCGUGGUAGCGCCACACAACCAUACCCAACACAACACCUUCUCUCCGGCAACAGAAGAUGACGGUCAGGUCGAAGUGCGCCUUCAGGGAUACCCGCUGCCCUUCAACCCUGAGCUCUCUGUCGUUUAUCCAGUACGAGUAUCUACCCUCUUCGCGAGGACCUUUGGGUCGGACAACCCGCCCGACCUGAUCUACCUCGCCUCGCCGGCAUCACUGGGCUUCCAGGUGAUGCUGCAGCUCCAACAACAGCCAAAAGAGAGACGGGUGCCGGUGAUCUGCAACUUUCAGACCGACCUGGCCGGAUACUGCGCCAUCCUCUUCCCUCACCCCUUCAGCACCAUGGCUGUCUUUGCUUUCUCCAUGGUCCAGAGCUUUCUGUUCCAGCACGAAUCAAUCAAGACCAUUUUCUACCCCUCACGCUUCGUGCGCAAGUAUCUCGAGGCCCAGAGGGUCCAGAGCUCUAAGCUUGAGGUGCUACGACGAGGCGUCAAAACAGAGGUGUUCCGACCAGAGAUGCGAAACGAGGCGUUGAGGAAGCAGAUCGCACCGAAUGGAGAGAUCAUUCUGAUAUGUGUAUCCAGGGUGGCGGGUGAGAAGGGGUUCGACUUUCUCGCCAAGGCAAUAAAGGAACUCGAUGCAAGGGGCCUCCAUUUCAAGCUCUAUGUCGUGGGCGGGAACCGUAAUGCAGAAGUCGAGAGAGAGGUUCACGAGAUGUUUGACCCUCUGAGGGACCAAGGCAAAGUCAUAUUCGCCGGGUUCAAGACCGGGGACGACCUGGCGACGGCGUACGCAUCGGGCGACAUUUUCCUCCACUGCUCCGUCACCGAAACCUUUGGCUUGGUCGUCCUGGAGUCCAUGGCAAGCGGCGUUCCGGUGGUCGCUCGCGAUGAGGGCGGGCCAAGCGAUAUCAUCGACAAUGGCCGCUCGGGAUACCUUGUAUCACCCAACGACCUGGACACUUUUGUCGACAAGGUCAUGUACCUCUCCAAAGACAGAGACUGUCGGGAGGCUAUGGCCGCGCAGGCUCGAGCGAUGGCGUGUGAGGCUACUUGGGAGAAGAUCAACAAUCAAGUCGCCUGGAGGAUGGUUGACACCAUUGAAGAGCGAGAGCGAGAAAAGGCCCAGAUUACCCAUCAGCGUUCGUCCAUCGCCAUGCAAGCCAGCCAGCUUGUACCAGUAUACAGCUGGCUGCUCAUAAACAACGCUACGCGUGACGUUGUGGUGGGCAGAAUAGUAGAUGCCAAGCUUGUGGGCGGGUUCGGCGUCGUCAUGGCUUUCUGGUUCUUUACGGGCAUGUAUCUGGCGUUUACUGAGGCGGCUCUUUGGACCAAGGGCAAGUUGCCACGAUACUGCGGCCAGCGAGUGACGGAGUAA